CAUGAGCUAUCACAUACUACUUUAAAAAAAAUUAAUAAGAGGAAGAUAAUACAUAAGCAUUUUAAACAAUGAUUAAUGCUCGUGAAAUUUUAACUUUGCAAUUUGGUAAUUAUUCGAAUUACAUAGGAACGCAUUGGUGGAACAUACAGGAAUCUGCCUUCUCUUACGAUUGCGAAGGCGGAACGGGCGAAAUCUGCCAUGAUGUGCUAUACAGACAAGGAAUCAAUCACAACAAGCAAAUUACUUAUACACCCCGAUUGCUCUUGUUGGAUUUGGAAGGGUCUCUGAAGCACUUACCACAAGAUGGUGAAUUAUACGGUACUAGUUUAAAACGUAGUGGUGACUUAGCUGAUGAAAGAUUUGUUCAUCAAGAGUGUGUGAAAAAGUUAAAGGAAGACUUAGCUUGGAAAGCUUCAGAUGUAGAAAUGAUAGUCGAGCCAGAAUCAAACAAAAAUGAAUUUCAACUGGAUUUGGAUAAAGAGGAACUCAACGUGUACGAAAAAGAUUAUAAUUUAGCACAAAAUGUAGAUAGUUGGGCUGAUUUCUUAUACGCUCGUUAUCAUCCACGUACAAUUCAUGUAAUAAAACAAUAUAAUCAUAGCAACGAAACGCAAAUUUUUGAUACAUAUUCGUCUGGAGUCCAACUAUGGCAGGAUGAUCAUUUCGAGGAGGACUACUGCGAUCGGAUCCGCCAAUAUGUGGAAGAGUGCGAUUUUCUACAAGGUUUUCAGACGAUAUGUGAUGCUUUUAACGGUUUCGCAGGAUUAGCCAGUCAAUGCUUAGAACACUUAAAUGAUGAAUACCGAAAAGCAAAUCUAGUAAUACCAGUGUAUAGCCCUCGUAAUAUAUUAUACGAGAAUGCAGAUGCUUUCAUGUCCGAUUCCAUACGUGUUGUUAACAGUGCCUUUUUAUUUCAUCGGUUAGCAGAACAUGCUUCUACUUUCAUUCCGCUUAGUAUUCAUGGUCGGGUUUGGCGUGCACUAGAGUCGGUUCGCCAAUUACCUCAUCUUGACUACAUACCUGAUAAUUUGUAUCAAACUUCCGCGAUUUUGGCUUCAUAUCUGGAUACUAUAACCCUAAAAUAUCGCUUAACGAAUGCACAAAGUAUUAACACAAUUGCUGGUUUUUGUGCAGACUUGAACAACUAUGGACGGAAAUUGGCAGCUGCUGGAUUAGCAAUCCCUUUUCCCAUGAAUUUUGAUGACGAUCUCAUCGAUUGUUUAGAUAAGUUUGAAGAACCGUUAUUUACACAAUUUACUCCAAAUUGUAAUAUAGGCACAAAUUAUGUUGUGCAAAGUGUUUCUGUACGAGGCAUACCAAUACAGCGUUUGAAGAGACCACCUCAACAAGCCAAAGAACAAAUUCAUAUGCCUGCCUACCGUUGUCAGUCAGUAUCGGAAAUGUUUCAAUUCUAUUUGCAGUGUGUAAAUCAUUCUAGCUUGGCUCAUGUGACUUCUGUGAAAGCUGCCUUAUCUACACGCGUACCUUUUCCCAUUGAAAUGCUUGAUAGACGUUUAACAACAUCUGGCUUUAUAAACAUUUUUAAGAAACGGAAUUUGGAGGAGAAAGUACAAUCCGUGACUUGUUUAGCCAUCGCCCAAUCCUCUAAUGAAAUAGGUGACAUGCUGGAGUCUUUAUAUAAAGAAGCGAAACGUCUAAAAAUAUCAAAAUUAGUGCGUUUUAAAGCAGCCGGUUUAGAAGAAGACGAUUAUGAAGAAACUUUAGAAGGUCUGUUAUUAUUUAAAGAUAAUUACGAGGAUAAUUAUGAACUGUAAUUAACAUUGCGGGCUGUAGGGCUAUUACACUUUUUAAAACAGUUUCAUAAUUAGUUUAUUAAUAUAUGUAAGAGAUGUUUUUAGAUUUUAAACACAAAAAUAUAAUUUAUAUUUAUUUUU